AUGAAGCCAUUUCCCACCCUCUUGACUUUCGAGUUUGAGAAUGUGUACACUGGAGGAAAACAAAUGAAACAAGAUCCACAGAUGCAAGAAAAGAUAAAAGCAUAUGAAAAAUUGGGAUGUUCAUAUUACCAAUUGGAACGUGGAGGGCAAGUUACAUGGCAUGGCAAAGGACAGUUGACUGCUUACUUGAUUAUGGACUUGAAGCAGUUUUCUAAUUUGACUGUGCGGUGUUUCGUAGACAGUGUUUUGCUCAAGGGUGUUCAAAAUUUGUUGAAGAAAAACUAUAAUCUAGACAGCUAUGUCAAUGAGAAUCCAGGAGUUUGGAUGCAACCUAACGACAAGAAAAUAUCUUCUGUCGGAUGCAAUAUCCAACGAGCAAUCACCUCUUAUGGCAUUGGCUUGAAUGUAAAUCCAGACCUCAAGUUCUUGAACACAUAUACUAUGUGUGGAUUACCAGAUGCAACUGCUACGUCAUUGGAAGAGUUAAGGCCAGGCAAAGCUGAAAGUAUCAAGGUUGUGGGUGAGCAGUUCGCAAAGGAAGUUGCGAAACUUUUAAACAUUCUGAAAAUUGAACACAUGGAUGGCUCGGACUUUAUGAAGCCAGAGAAGACCGAGCAACUGUAA